CCUCUGUUUACCUCCCCUCCAGCCAUGCGCUCGGGGUGCUUGUGGAAAAGCCUGACUGGACGGGUUGCUUUUUCAUCGAGAUAGCGAGCUUGCCUUUCUAAGUGCCUGUGGUUUGUUUUGGUCUGCAUUGUUCCACAUCUUAUUCGUGUGACAUGGACACCGUUUUUCUGAUCGUUAGAUCAUAGAAAUUUAGAAAACCGACUGAUUGAUUGAGCUGUGUGCACCGAUGUAAUCAAUCAAGCACUAUUGCCACGCAAUGAUACAAGUCAGUCAACGUGCACAUGCAUCCUGCUGAAAUAUCUUCCCCGUCACUGUUACCCACUUGCCUCAGUCCAUCUUGAUUUGAUGGUUGAGGCUGAUGACCAGAAAUAUCAGUGUGUGUUUUUCGCUCCUAGUGAUAAGUUUCUUCUUUCUUUGUUUCCAUCAGCUGUUGCUUCUUCUCCCUGUAGCUGAGGAAGUGUAAGGAAGGCCUGCGAGCAAGGAAACAUGGCUGAGUCGCUGCUUCUCCCCAUGGUGCGUGGUGUGGUCGGCAAGGCGACUGACACGCUCGUGCAGAGCGUCACCCGCAUGUGGGGCGUCGACGAGGACCGCCACAGGCUGGAGCGCCACCUGGAGUACGUGCAGUCCAUGCUGGUAGACGCCGAGGCGAAGAGCGAGACCAACCACGCUGUCUGGACGUGGAUGAAGGAGCUCAAGGCUGCCGCCUACCAGGCCGACGACGUCCUCGAUGACUUCCAAUACGAGGCGCUGCGUCGCGAGGCCGAGAGUGGCCGGUCCAUGGCAAGCAAGGUACUGAGCAACUUCAUCUCAAAGAACCAGCUUGUGUUUCGUUAUAAGGCGAGCAGGGACCUCAAAAAGGUGCUUGACAAGAUCAGCAAGCUGGUGGUGGAGAUGAACACGUUUGGGCUGGUGGUGCUCAAGAAGGUGCCAACGCAAACUCUUUAUCGGCAGACACACUCAGUGCUGCAAGAAUCCAAGGAUAUAUUUGGCAGAGAUGACGACAAGGAGGUUGUGGUGAAUCUGUUGCUGGACCAACAAGAUCAGCAGGAUGUGCAAGUGUUGCCCGUCAUUGGAAUGGGGGGUGCGGGCAAGACCACGCUAGCCAAGAUGGUGUACAACAACCACAGAAUUCAGAAGCAUUUCGAGCUGAAGAUGUGGCACUGUGUGUCGGAAAAUUUUGAAGAUAUUCCUCUUGUGAGAUCUAUAAUUGAGUUAGCUACAAAUAGCAGAUGUGAUCUGCCUGACACCAUUGAGCUGCUGCAAUUGAGACUGCAGGAAGCUAUUGGACGUAAAAGGUUCCUACUCAUUCUCGAUGAUGUGUGGAACGAAGACCAACACAAGUGGGAGGAUGACCUGAAGCCACUACUCUGUUCUUCCAUUGGUGGAUCAGGAAGCAUGAUAGUUGUUACAAGUCGAAGCAGACAAGUUGCAUCGAUAAUGGGAACCCUACCACCUCAUGAGUUAGUGUGCUUGUGUGAACAUGAUUCAUGGAAACUGUUCUCAAAAAAAGCAUUUAGUAAUGGAGUUCAAGAACAGGCAGAGUUAGUCACGAUUGGCAGACGAAUCGUUAACAAGUGCAAGGGACUGCCUCUUGCACUGAAGACAAUGGGUGGCUUGAUGAGUUCGAAGAAACAAGUCCAGGAAUGGGAGGACAUUGCAGAUAGCAAUAUUAGUGAUACCACUAGAGGCAAAGAUGAAGUAUUGCCCAUACUCAAACUGAGCUACAAGCACUUGUCAUCUGAAAUGAAGCAGUGCUUUGCCUUCUGUGCAGUUUUCCCCAAGGACUAUGAGAUGGAGAAGGACAUGUUGAUCCAACUAUGGAUGGCAAACGGUUAUAUUCAUGAAGAGGGAAAUAUGGAUUUGUCAAAGAAAGGUGAACUUGUUUUCAACGUGUUGGUUCAGAGGUCCUUUCUUCAAGAUGUGGAAUGGUUUUUUAUCGGUGGAUACUAUAGAGCAAUAUGUAAAAUGCAUGAUUUAAUGCAUGACCUAGCAAAAGAUGUCAUAGAUGAAUGUGCAUUUGCGGCAGACUUUGUUGAUAAAAAAAUCUUCAUGAAAGAAGUACGCCACAUGCUGGUAUCAAGAAAUUUAUUGAAAGAAAUCAAUGGAUCAUUGAAACCCAUAUCAUCUGUCCGCACUUUACUCACUCACUCAAGCACUUUACUCACUCACUCAGAGGGCAAGGAUCUUAUGAAAAUGAAAUCGAUGUCAUUAAGAGCUUUGCAAUUGCAAGUUGGAUGCCCUUCUGUCAUCCAUAACAAGCUGAUAAAUACAAUACAUUUACGUUAUCUUGAUAUUUCCUACUCCAACAUUAUUAGAUUGCCAGACUCAAUAUGUUUAUUGUUUAACUUGCUAUCGCUGAGGCUCGAUAAUUGCCACGAACUACAGUAUUUACCUGAAAGUAUGGCAGCUAGUUUGAGGAAGCUCAUUCAUAUUUGUCUUUUUGGAUGUCAUAAGCUGGAAUGCAUGCCUCCAAAAAUUGGCUUACUACACAAUCUUCAUACACUGACGAAAUUUAUUGUGGGCAUUGGUGAUGGCUUCGGAAUCGAGGAACUCAAAGACCUGCGACAUCUUGGCAAUAGGUUGGAGCUAUACAACUUGAGGAAUGUAAAGAGUGGGUCAAAGGCCAAUCUCCAUGAGAAGCAGAAUUUAAGUGAACUGUUGCUGUGUUGGGGCCGCCAUGAAUGUGAGACACCCACAAAUAUUGAUGCUAGCAAUGAGGAACAAGUGCUGCAAUCUCUUGCACCACAUCCACAAGGUGAGCUCAAACAUUUGGAGGUACAUGGGUAUGGUGGCGUGGCAAUUCCACAAUGGAUGAAAGACCCUCGGAUAUUCCUAGCCUUGAGAGAACUCAUUAUUUCCUGCUGCCCAAGAUGCGUCGAUAUCCCAAUAGUGUGGUCAUUUCCAUGUCUUGUGCGUUUAUCUUUAUCCAAAAUGGACAACCUGACCACACUGUGUAGGAACUUUGAUGUGGAAACUGUAGGACACAAUACCCCUCUGCAAAUUCUCCCAAUGCUAAAGAGGAUGGAGUUAAUGUAUUUGCCAGAGUUGAAGAGAUGGGUAGAAAACAGUGCGGGAGAGAUUAAUAACUCAGUGAUGUUUCCCCAGCUUGAAGAGCUAAAAAUUUCAAAUUGUGAUAAACUUGCAAGUCUUCCAGAGAUGCCAGUUCUAAGAGACCUAAAUCUAUGUUGUCGUACUCCAGACGGCCAGCCAAUCCGGAGUCAAAGACCUCUGGACACCCUGCGAUCUUUGCAUCUUAAAGGUGACGACAGCUUCGCAUCAGUAUUUAACAAAUCCAAAUUGCAACUUGGAUUUCUGGACUGCAUGGUAUCCGUGGAACAAUUGUAUAUCGACUCAUGCUUCAAUAUUGUCCGUUGGCCAGUGGAGGAGCUCCGAUGUUUGCCUCGCCUUCGACAUCUGUAUGUUUGGCGAUGCUCCAGACUGGAGGGCAAGGGCUCAUCACUUGAAGAAGAGGACAUCCUUCCGCUGCCCCAGCUGGAAACGUUGCAAAUAUCCUGUUGUGACAGCUUGCUCCAGAUCCCCAAGUUGCCCGCAUCCCUCGAGGGAAUCGAGAUUUUGUUCAACGGAAGUUUGGAGGCGCUGCCUUCAAACCUCGGAGGUUUAUCCAAGCUGAAGAGACUCUUUGUGCAGAGAUGCGGUGCGCUGAAAGCGCUGCCUGAGGGGAUGGAUGGCCUCACUUCUCUUGAGCAGUUGGACAUUAAUUGUUGUCCAGGGAUAGAGAAGUUUCCACAUGGUCUCCUCCAGCGUCUCCCAGCCCUCAAAUCCCUAUGCAUAUGGUACUGCCCUGACCUUCAGAGGCGUUGCAGAGAAGGUGGGGAGUACUUUAACUUGGUCGCUCCCAUCCCCGAAAAACGCAUUCCAGAACCCGCACCUGAAAUGAAGAAGCCAGUGAAGUGGUUCCUUCCCCCGUGCGCCGGUGGUUCUAAUCAAGGCAAUUAACUAAGUAUGUCCGCCGCUGCCGUCGGUCCGCGCCGCGCGGGCACGUCUCCUCUCGUGCGCACGGCAGCUUGGCCGCGCCUGCAUCUGCAUACUCUCGCGACGCGAGCGCCUCCAACCGGCCGCGCGCCGAUGCCGACCACCCACGACUGCUCUGCCCGGAGCCUGCGACGCCGAUCGGAAUGGGGAGGUGAACAUUUCACCAAGUCACUACCCUCUUCGGCCUCUUCUCUGCGGGGGUAUUUGUCCUUUGUAUUUGCUUCCUGUCCAGUUUUGAACACUGCUGUGACGGUAGUUUAGAUUGCAGGGGUGUUGUGUUGGUUUUUUUGUUGUCCAAUCUUAAACACCGCUGCGCCGGUAGUUCAAACUGCGGGGGAGUGUUGGUGUAUAUUGAGCCCAUAUAUAAAGUCUCAUGUAUAGGACUAUAUAUACCCA